AUGACUCAAAGGAAUGGUCGAGUAUUGGGAACACCUGAACAGAAUUCCCCUGCAGAGAAUUCUGAGAAAGAAGUGAGUCCAUACCCCAAUCCUGAAGCUCCACAAGCUUCCAAGGACGAUGAAAUUGAACAAGUUGGGGGAGGUAGUAAUCCUGAUGUUUAUAUGCCAAAAGCCCCUUUCCCCUCUUUAGAAUCCCCUUCUUUUUUUACAUUUGGCAAGAAGGGUUCAAGAAUAGAAGAGAUGAUGGAAUUAUUCAAACAAGUCCAGAUCAACCUUCCUCUUCUCGUUGCCAUAAAGCAAGUUCCAGCUUAUGCUAAGUUCUUGAAAGACUUAUAUACUCAAAAGAGUAAGCUGAAGAACCACAUUCCAAAAAUUGUCCAUCUUACUGAGCAAGUGAGUGCAGUCCUGUCCAAUAAACUUCUCCCUAAGCUUAAGGAUCCAAGGGAACCUCUCAUAUCUUGCACCAUUGGGAACCUUCCCAUUAAGCGUGCACUCCUUAAUCUAAGGGCGAGUGUGAAUAUUUUUUCUAGCUCAGUUUAUGACCAAUUUAGAUUUGGAGAAUUAAAGCUUACGGAGGUUAUUCUCCAACUUGCUAACCAUUCAAUCAAAGUCCCUAGAGGCUUUAUUGAGGGUGUAUUAUUUAAGGUUGAUGAGCUCUAUUUUCCUAUGGAUUUUCUUGAUCUUGAUAUGGAAGCAUCUACUAAUAGGAAACCGCAGUCAAUAACCUCAGAACGUCCAUUCUUGGCCACUGCCAAUGCAUGCAUUAAUUGCAGAUCAGGGCCUCAACAUGAGGACGAGUGUUUCUUUGUUGAUAUGAUAGAUGAGGUGGUAGUAGAAUAUACUCCAGUGAUAUUAGCAGAUGACCCAAUGCAACAGUGUUUAACAUUCUUUGGAGGUGAUGAUUUUGAUGUUGAUUCUUACACUGCUGAGAAACCAGCAUUGAGUUUUAUUGAGUCUCCACCAAUGUUAGAGCUUAAAAUAUUAUCAAAUUCAUUGAAAUAUGCUUUCUUGAGAUCGAAUGAGACAUUACUUGUCAUCAUUUCUUCCAAUUUGACAUCUAAUCAAGAAAGCAAACUGUUGGAUGUUCUCAAAGAACAUAAGGCUACCAUUCGACGGUAUGUGGCUAAUUUGAAAGGUAUUAGCCCAUCAAUUUGCAUACAUCAUACCUACUGUGAUGAUGGAGCUACGCCUUUCCAGAAUGCACAAAGGAGAUUGAAUCCUAACUUGUGCAAAAUUAUUAAGAAGGAGGUGGUGAAAUGGUUAGAUGCAGGCAUUGUUUACUCCAUCUCUGACAACAAGUGGGUUCAUGCAAGUGAGAUCCCUUACCUCUGA